CUUGAUACAGCUUCUCCCUUUGCACUCUUCCGCCCUACGCUCGUUUCCUACUGUCUGCUGGACAGCCACAAAUCUACCUUACGCACUCGCUUUCAGUCCGGUUGCGGAAUACGCACCUUCUCUCCUCACUCCGAUUCACUUGCAGUCGCGCCUGUGCCUUGGCCAGUUCGGGCCGUCCACUCCCUUGAACCAACCUGUUGCAUAUCCUCCGACAUUUACUGCAUCACCUGGAUAUUGCACCUCACCUGAUUCGAAGUUUCCCUACCGUGGCCUGGUUGGCCGGAAAACUUCCUUUGCAAAACAUUCUGGUCUUCAACCACAUAGCUGCGGAUGAUCCGUUGAAGAGAUGCAAGCAGCAAUGCCACCGCCCCCUCGAGGGCCCGAGUUGUCUCCCACGUCUACUACAGGAAGCGACGGAUGGUCGGGACUCAACUCUUACAAUCAGAUUCCGCGCAAUGACGGUCCUUAUGCUACCUUUAACUCCUCCGGAGACGAUUACCCUGCCAAAGCAGCUCCCUUCCCACGACCCGGUCCGAAUUCUGCGAACUUUGCUCCAGGUUCCCUCGAUCCCUUGGGACAACGCCGGCCCUCAGAGUCUGGUUCUCGGGCUUCGUCGAGAACAGGGUCCGUCGCAGCUUCGCGGUCGAGCGAUGGUACAUUGGCAGACGAUCAAAGCAGAAAAUACAGACGAAUGGAGGCCCAAUUAUUCCAACAUUAUACUAUUCUGAAAGGAUACCUUAAGGGAGGUGCGCAGGCUCCGCCUCGCCCUAACAAGGCUCGGGACAAAUUGCUGCGCCUGUCGCCAGUGCAGUUUCACGAGUUGAGCACGGAUGUGUUUGAUGAGUUACAACGAAGACAAGCCGGGGCGCCUCUGCCUGGAAGGCCACCUAGGCAACAGAAUGUCCCUCCGUUUCUCCAACCUAGGCCUGACUUCCAUGAGAAGCGCAAUCAAGCCAGGCAAAAGUUAUCAUCCCUGCAGGCGCCGCGGUUCAAGGAUCUUUCCACCGAUGUAUUCUGCGAAUUGGAGAGAAGGUUCCCCCAAUUUGCGCGUUCCGAAGGAGCAAGGAGAGAAAGUUCUCGGUCGCACUCAAGAGGUCCUGGCAGUGUUGCGUCCAGCAAUGGUGGAGUCGGGUUCGGUCUUCCGUCGAGAGCCCAGACUUUUGGACCUGGCCCUGUGGGUUACUCCCAGAGGCAGGAGUCGGUGACGAACAUUCCACAAUUCGACAAUCCUCCGCCGCCAAAUGACUAUGGGCGCCCAAUGGCAAAGCAGUUCCAAAGCAAUACCAUUACUCCGAACAAGAGCAUGAUGGUUGAAGAUGAGGACGACACCCAAGCUACGGACUCAAAGUAUGAUCGUUCAAGCGACGCGUUCGGCCUCGAAAGUUCUCUCACCAGUCCGCGAAGUGAUAGAGAUACCUCAGCUACUUCACAAAGUGGGGUUAGCUACAAUUCAAAACCCAAUCAGCCUGCAAUGACGGAACUGCAGGACAAGUUGGCAGAUCUGGAGGCUACCCUGGACGUCAAAGAGACAGAAGUCCGCGAUUCAACAGCCGAGGCUGAAAAAUGGAAGAUUACCGCGGAAGCUCUGGAGAAGAAGCUCCAAGCGGCGGAAGAUCUCAACAAAUCGUUGAAAGAAGAGAUUGAAAGGUUGAAAGUCGAGCAGCCCAGCUACAGCGGAGAAAGCGUGCUUUGGAAGACGAAAUAUCUCAAGCUUGACCAAGAUCAUGAAGCUUUACAGGGUCGAUUGGCUCAGCAGCAGGAGUUGACCGACGAAGUCCGCCGACAAGGUCAAGCCUUCUUGGAAGAAAUGAGGGCCAUGGCGGAAGCGGGGGGUAAUCCAGAUCGCGAGCAAAAAUUGCAAGCGGACGUUUCUAGCUUGGAAGAGGAGGUUAAAGAAUGGAAGGCUCGCUACGUCAGAGCCAAAACACAGCUCCGCAGCGUUCGAGCCAGCUCAUUAGGUCUCAGCAUCACCCGGCCAGAUGCCAAUCGACACGCUGCUGCUCUUCAGGAUCGUGACGGACUGGUCAAGGACGUCCACGUCACGAAGUUCCAGAUAUCGAUUGACGAGCUGCUCCGCAUUGCAAGGUCGGACAAUCCUGCUGCUGUCCUUGACCAUAUGAAGACGGUGGUAUUGGCUGUACGUGGCAUUACGUCUGAUGUUGAUGCUGCGAGUACGGACAAAAACGAUGAGAUUGCCAAAAAGAGAGCUAAACUCAAGAGCAAGGUUUCGGCUACGGCCAACAAUCUUAUCACGGCGUCGAAGAAUUUUGCGUCAGCCGGUGGACUCUCGCCAGUCAGUCUGGUUGAUGCGGCCGCUUCUCAUUUAACAGCAGCGGUGGUUGAUCUUCUCCAUACCGUGAAGAUCCGACCUACCCCUCCAGGCGAGCUGGGAGACGACGAUGAUGGUGCGCUUGAGCCUCUACAGAGCAAUGGUUAUUUCAAUAUUGCCGAAACUUUGAGACGGCGAAGUGCAGUCGAAAGUGUAUACAGCGCUUUGAGCACGCCUCCGGAGACCAGGAAUGGCUCGAUGCAGGCGGGGCGUCCACGCAGUGGAUCUAAUUAUCUCAACGGCGCCGGCUUGGGCAUUCAAUCUACGUACGGUCCUAGCCAGGAGGAGGCUGAUCUUGAGGAUCUUAAGAUGUACCUCGAAGAUCAAACUGAUGGGUUGGUUCACUCCAUUACCUCCUUAGUUGAUGCUAUUCGAAACAACGAAGCUAUGCCCACGAUCCAAAACCAUAUUACCACCAUCGCUGGGACCAUUGAGAAUGUUGUGACCUCGGUUGAAAGAACGAGCAGCGAACUGUCCUCUUAUCAGGCAUUGUUGGUGGAGAAGUCGCAGCCGAUUGUCUCGAUCUUACAGGAUUGUCGCGAGAAGCUACUACAGGCCAGCACCGCUUCAGCAGGUUAUGAUGGAAGUCAACCAAGCAAGGAGUUCACCCAGAAGCUGCCACCAUUGGCGUUCCAGGUCGCCCGCGAGACUAAGGAGCUCGUGUCCAGAAUCAUGGCUAUUGAAGCUGGACGUGGUGAAGAGGAUUUCAGUUGAUGUCGUAGUCACGGCAUUCAAAAGAACGGGAAAUGAUCAGCACUCCCGGAGGUCUGGGUAUGAUAGACAUGUAUAUGUGUAUAAUGUAUCGAUCAAUGAACCAGACGAUUAUGG